AUGGACACUAUUGACCAGUUAAAGUCGUCGUCCCCUUCAUCGGAGGAUCAGAUGGACAUGAUGACUAUGAUGAUGAUGCACCUCCCUGAAUAUUCUGCAUCUUACGGUGACGACGCCGUGGAGGGAUUUCCACCGCCGGAGGAGUUACAUGGCGCUUCUAACAACAUACGCAGAUCUAUGCCACUAACAGAUUUAAUUGGUAACCCUCCUAUGCCUUGGUCAUCGACGUCAUUCACACAGUUACCAUCAACAACAAUCUCUUUCGGUAAUAACCCUACACCGAUCCUUCAAGAACAAGAACAAACCUUUUUGUCAAACCCUCAAGCUACGUAUACGGCUCCCUCAGAGAAGCGGAACUCGAUGGCGGCGAUGAGGGAGAUGAUAUUCAGGAUAGCGGCGAUGCAACCAAUACACAUAGACCCUGAAUCAGUGAAGCCACCAAAGAGAAGGAACGUGAAGAUUUCAAAGGAUCCUCAGAGUGUGGCUGCUCGGCACCGUAGAGAAAGGAUAAGCGAGAGAAUAAGGAUACUGCAGAGAUUGGUGCCAGGAGGAACUAAGAUGGACACUGCUUCCAUGUUAGAUGAAGCCAUUCACUAUGUCAAGUUUCUCAAGACACAGGUUCAGUCACUUGAACGUGCUUCAGUUAACAAUACUAGGCCAGGGAUAGGGUUCCCUGUUGCAAUGUCUAGUCGGAGUACUCCUGUCACUGUCACACCUCAUCUUCCUCUUCCUAAACCUUACCAAGCUCGAAAUGUUGAGUAUUAUGGAGACGCAUGA